AUGGCAGCUACAAACACGACAAACGGAGAAAACCGUGGUACGGUAAGACGUAUCAUCGAUGCAUUCGAUAGAGAGGAGAAAGGCUACGCCAUAGAGUCAGAGACGAUGCCGCGGGCUAAUGGCCUUGCGAAUGGACUUGCUAUUGGACUCGCCAAUGGACUUGCUGAUGUGCCGGUUAAUGGGGACGGGCUGCCUAAUGGACUGGCCAAUACCCAAACUAAUGGUCAAACCAACGGGACACGGAGAACCGAGACUUCAUUAAGCCAGCCACAUCUUCUAUCAGCACAUUCCAAACUCAGGACAUUUAGAGUCCUCACGGGUAUCGACACACCUGCCGGACUCGCAACAGCCAGUCUAUUCCGCCGUCCAGCUUCUAAUGUUGGGAUAUAUACCCGCGUCGUCAAUGCUGAGGCUCGCUACAAAAGAGAAUACCGCUUUUUUACGCUCCUAAUAAGCUGCUGUUUGGGAGUACAGAUUAUCGUGGCAGCGGCACUUACAGCCCUUGGGGCUGGAAACGGACCCCGAGUCCUGAUUACAAUUUUUGGGGCGGUUAACACUGCCAUCGCCGGAUACCUAACUUAUCUGAAAGGAUCUGGUUUACCAAACCGAAAGCGCUACCACCAGUCCCAGUAUGGUAAAAUUAGGCAACAGAUCGAACAGCGGGAACGUGAUUUCUGCAUGGAAGACUGCGAACUGGAUGUGCUUCAAGAAAUUCGGACGAUUCAACUAAUGUACGAAGAAGUGCAGGAGGACGUCGAGGCAAACACUCCCGAAAAUUUCGCCAGUGUGAAAAAGACUCAAGGCAAUGUAACGACUACACUGCUUCCUUUGGGCCAAGAUGGGAAGGAUGGAAAGAUUAUAAAAGAUAAGAUGGAAAAUGGAGUUACCGCCCCUAUACCCCCGCCAGCAGCAAGAAUCGCUAUCUAG